AUGAACAUCAGAAGUUUUGCACUUCUUUGUGUGUUGAUUCUGGUCUCUCAGACACUAGUAGUCGAUGGUGAAACACAGAAGGAAAGAAAAAAAGAAAGACAAAACGGUGGAAAAGGUAGAAAAAAACAAACUGGAACUAAACAAGAGAAUGAGAAGGGACAGGAAUCCAAAGGAGGUAAAGCUUCACUUAAAGGCAAGUUUACAACCAAAGAUAAUUCUGAGUGCACCUGGGCAGUAACUGAAGUAGACACUGUUACCCUAAAAGUAGAAUGCAAGAAAGGUGAAAGCAGCUUCCGGUGUGAUUUUUCAGGAAGUCCUUCCACCUGUCCUCAAUUUGCAGCAAAUCAGAAACCAUACUGGAAACAAAUCUCCCGAUCUCUAAAGAAACAGAAGAAUAUCUGUCAAGACCCAAAAGGUAUUCUAAAAUCUAAAGUAUGUAAGAAGGGGCCACAAAGUGCCCAUCUCACCCUGACCAGCUCAAGCUUGAUAACGCUACAAGACUCCAGAAAAGGCAAGAUUGCUCACCAUAGAAAAGAGAUCACACAGACUUCAGCACCUGCUAUUACAUCUGAAAAUCAGCCAGGGAAAAGUUCCAAUGACUGCGUUGAAGAUAUAGAUUACAUUGAUCAGCAAAAGGUGGCUGAAGAAUACUGUUCAGAAACAUGGAGAUCUUGGUGCAACUUCUUUAUCACAAUGAUACAGGAUAAAAAAUGCCGAUAA